AUGGUCAAAGUUGCUGUUGCCGGUGGCUCAGGUGGCAUAGGAAGAGCAAUUUUCGACUCCAUCGAAGAAAGCCGUUUGCAUGAUGCUUUCAUCCUGAGUCGUACACCCAGUGACGACCCAAAAGUCAUCGAGGUUGAUUAUUCAGACAUCAAAAAGCUCCGAGAGACACUUGAGGCACAUCAGAUUCACACUGUCAUCUCGACACUCUCGAUCAAGGAUGACGAGAGCGGCCAGGCGCAGAUGAACCUGAUCGAAGCUUCUGUGCAAUGCCAGCACACCAAGCGAUUCAUGCCGAGUGAAUUUGGCGCGAAAUACGAUGAGGAGGCGAUUCGGAUAUUUCCAUCAUAUAUCUGGAAGUUCAAAGCCGUUGAUCGGUUGAAGGAAACCGACCUGGAAUAUACGCAAUUCUCAAACUCAAUGUUUAUGGAUCUGUGGUUUGCGCCUCGGAUCAAGUCGGCCUUCACAUAUAACAUGCCAUGCUGGGUUGACCUUGAAAACGACGUGGCUGCUAUCCCCGGCGACGGGAAUACUCCCAUGGUGGCAACCCACUCCCGCGAUAUCGCACCCUUUGUUGCUGCAACUCUUGGAUUGGACGUCUGGGAGAAGAGGUACUAUCUCACAGGAGACAGAUUUACUAUUAACGAGUUUGUUGCCAUAGCCGAAGAGGUGAAGGGUGUCGAGUUCGAGAAACACUACGAGAGCAUGGAAGUGCUGGACCGUGGAGAGGGCAUAGUACUUCCAGCAAUCAAGGCAAUGCUGCCACCAGGUGUGGACUCGACUCUGAUAUUAGGCCAGAUUGCUCGAGCUGGGAAAAUGGUCGCGCAAGGUCGCAUGGAUUUGCCUCAGGAUACAGGAAGCAUCAACGCCGUUUUCCCGGAGAUGAAGACCUUGACGUUGCGAGAAGCAAUUCAAACUUAUUACGACAACAAAUAG